UUCAUUAUGAGAAGCCUUUUCUUUUUACUGUUACACUGUAGACAGUAAUAUAUGUAUAUUAUAUAAAACUCUAUGGUCGUGAAAGCACAUUAUCCAUUAUCUGUUGGUUCAUGUUGGUCUAGUUUAAUUCAGGGUAAUCCUUUAAUAAAAUGUAUAAUAUGUUAUAAAAUAUUUUAUUUUUUGUAAUAUUCACAGCGCACAUUCUCUCGGAUCGUUUUAAAACAUUUUAAAUCAUUCUGCAAAAUUCCGCAUAGAUUUUGCAAAAGAAAUCCGCAGAAAUAGCAAAAAAUAACUGCUUACACAGCUUGUACAGCUGUACUCUUGCAGCAAUUAAAGCAGUUCAGUUUUGUUUUAAAUUGCAAAAUAGUUAUAUUUCUUUUAUUUUUACAUUUUAGAGCAGUUUUUGUUUGUUAAAGUUUUUAUGAUAACUACACUGUAAAAAAAAUCUGUAUAUUAACAGUGAAAUUACUGUCAAUUUUAACAGAAAAUGUCCGUACUAUAUGUGUUACGGGAGUUUUUCCGUUUAUAUACAUUUUCGAAUUGCAUUAUGGGACUGUGAUUGCGGCUUUUUGAGGCCACGGACGUACAACUCAACAUUUGGUGGCCACGGACGUAUUUAACUCAACAUUUGGUGGCCAUGGACGUAUAACUCAACAUUUUAACAAUUGUUUUCACUGUUCAUUUGGUAGUAUUUCUGACAUCGGCGGGAAGUAACGUCCACUCCCUCGCUGCACUGUGUGUGUGACAGACAUUGCUGUGAACUUCUGCUCCGCUGUGUGACGUUAACAGACACUACCAUAAAGGCGGCAGACUGCUGGUUGCCCUUAAGCACAGUCCACCAUGGAGCAUGUAAAGGGGAAGAUUAGAAGCACACUGCCUUCAAUAACGGAAGAGCAACUGGAAAUCCUGAUCACAAAGUUGAUGGACCUGGGGGUUACAAACAUUGAAGACUGCUCCUAUCUAACAGCAGCGGACUUGGAUGGGAUUUUGCUACCAAUUCAGUCCAGACGGUUGAUAAGUGCAUUCUCCCCAGCAUCUCAGAGCACUGUGGUUGAGUCAUAUGCUCCUAACAUCUCUAGUUUUACUGAGCAUGUGACACCAGCUGUGACACCAACCGUAACACCAACCGUAACACCAACUGUUACUCCACAGAAGUUUCAAGUCCCAUGGCAAAAGUUCCCUGUUAAAUUAAUGAAUGCACUAAAAGAGAAGAGAAGACCGCUUCCAAGAGACAGAAGACAUAUGAUCAGGAUCAUCAUUGAGGACUUGAUGGCUAUUGAUACCAGACCAGGAAGAAGCAAGUUGAAGCAAAUUGCACAAGAACUAGUUGAGAAACAUCCUGAUUCCUUCAUGGAUAAAUGUGGUACAAAUGUUGUGGGUCAAGGUUUUGCAUCCCUUGUUAUGCAAAUGGAGAACAGAGUUGAAAAUGUUAGACGACAGUAUGCUUUGUGCACAUCCACUGUAGAGGGGCCAAAGAGGAAAUCCAGAUUAUCUGACCGUUAUGGUUGUAGUCAGUGGGAACCAGAGUCACCGAAUGACUGUUGCAACCAUGAAGAGAAAAAGAAAAUGCUGCAAGAAGCAUUUAAAGGAAAACAUCUACCUGAGAGUGACAUAAAAAGAUUAAUGUCUGAUACAUACUAUGCCCAGCGUAUCACUCUAAAUAAUGAAGGCAAUGUAAUUAAAGUCAUGGAACAAUGGCCUUACCUCUUCGAAGCCACCUAUUUACUAGAUCACACAGAGAAACUGGUAGGGUUUCCUGUCCAGACUAAAUUGCUGAACCAACUUGAGGAGAAAGGCAAGGCCAUCACUGAGUUUCUUACAAACAAGGGAAUCCAAGUGACUACAGACCCAUUAAAACUCCUCCAGGGCCUAAUGGAGUACCUUGCAGAGGAGCCAAAGGUGCUGCUUCUAAACAAAGAUGAUGCUUUAUCAGAUCUACCAAGCACCCCAUGCAUUCUAGUACUAGAUGAUGGAAGCUACAGCAUAUCGGUAGAUGAAAUUACAGUAAACCACAACAUCAGCUGUCCUUUGAUUGCGGUCAGCUACAUGUUUAGCCUCUUUUAUGUGCUAAACAUUAUGUACCCCAAGGGAGCAGCACUUACUCUGGAGUUUAUCCAAAGGAGCCUGCUCGGUAUAAAUCCUGAACGUGGGUCCAAAGCGGAAAAAAAGGGAUCCAAACAGUACAGCAUUCCACCUAAACUCCUUAAAUUUCUUUCAGACCUUAAUGACUUCCAGAAUCCUUGGAAGAUUUAAAGCCAGAAGUAUCGGAGGAAGAAGAUGAAAUGUGGAUUUAACAUCAGAAUUAUCCUUAUACAUGUUCACUAGUCAUGUUGUUGUGUUGGGUUAUUGCAAAGAAGGUUUUUGCUCCAAGUCUAAUGAAAUCUCUUUCAAAUUUUUGUCCUGUUUUGUCUGUCAUGCUUGAACCAUCACUGUUUGUUUUUUAUAUUUAGGCCACCCUUGUUGUUGUUUACUUUUUAUUUGGAGGCCUUUUUAGUUUAGGACUGGAAUUCUAUGGCAUCUUAAAGUUGUCUGUUACUGACGCUGACAGUUUUCUUGCGGUUAAUUUUGUUUCAUAAAAAUGAUUUAUGAUUUGCUCAAUUGUUAUUAACUCAAACUUGAAUAUCUUAACUUUUAAAAGUUAAAUUUUAAUGCAAUUCAAAAUGAAGUUGUUUGGUCAAGAUGUCUUGUUUUAGGACAUAUAGUAUUUACUAUGUAAUUGCCAAGUUUUACUAUUUAAGAAUGUAUUGUUUAUCAUUUGUAAUUCCAAAGAACUACAACA